GUCGACAAGUACCUAUCCAAGUGUUUGUGAAAAUUUUACUAACAGAUCAAGGAGUGAGACUGUAAAGUCAUGGCCUCAGAGCAAGAGAGAAGGGAUCCCCAGAAAAGGGCAGAGCUGGACGCCAAGGCAAGGCAAGGAGAGACUGUUGUUCCAGGAGGAACUGGUGGCAAAAGUCUUGAGGCUCAGGAGCAUCUUGCUGAAGGGCGACACAAGGGAGGGGAGACCAGGAGGGAGCAGAUAGGUAAUGAAGGGUAUCCUGAGAUGGGCAAAAAGGGCGGAUUGAGCACCAAGGACAAGUCCGGUGGAGAGCGUGCUGCUGAGGAAGGCAUUCCUAUUGACGAGUCCAAGUAUACUAAGAGUCGCUGAUCGAAAUGAUGAGGGACUUCUAAGCUCAAGACCUACCUUGGCUUUUCUAAAUCUGGCUAUGUAGUGUUUGUAUUAUUAGGAGCAAGUCCAAUGUACUUCUUUUUUUGGUUUGUAGGUCUUCUUUUGUUGCGUCCAAGUUUGUUGUUGUAGCCUCCUUUUAGAGGAAAAUGGUCAGGCCGUAGUCCGACUGUUAUUUCUCUUUGUAUGAAAGUUUAGGCUCGUGUAUUACUGGUAAGUUGGUUUUCAUUACUACCCUCCAGUUCUUCUAUCAGCUCUUGUUCUUCUCUAGUAUAUAUAC